AUGUCACGCGCCACGCACGAUAUGGACGGCAACGCCGCCCCUGACGCCUACGCCAGGUACGAGGCGAUCGCUUCCUCCCUCCCGACGUCGGCGUGCCAGGGCCUGGGGGCCGCCGCGUACAAGAACCACCGCGGCUUCUGGUACCCGGCGCACCAAAUGUCGCCGACGCUCGCCGCGCGGGACACCUUCGUCGCCCGCCCCACCGACAUCCUCGUCGCCACCCUGCCCAAGUCCGGCACCACGUGGCUCAAGGCGCUCGUGUUCGCCGUCGCGUACCGCCGCACGCACACGCCAGCACUGGAGGACGGCGCGGGGCAGCGCCGCCACCCGCUCCUGGGCUCCAGCCCCCACGACCUCGUCCCAUUCCUGCACUACGUCUACGAGAAGCACCGGUCGGCCGCGGCGCCGCUCCUGGAGGCGAUGCCGGCGCCGCGCGUGCUGGCCGUGCACGCGCCGCUCUCGGCGCUGCCGGCGUCCGUGGCCGGCUCCGGCUGCCGCGUCGUCUACAUGUGCCGGGACCCCAAGGACGCGCUCGUCUCGCUCUGGCACUACCUCCGCAAAGCCAACCGUCCGGGCGCCACCGCGGCGUCGCUCGAGGAGCUGCUCGCGGCGUUCUGCGACGGCGUCUCGCCGUUCGGGCCGGCGUGGGAGCACGUGGCCGAGUACUGGAGGGAGAGCCUGGCGCGGCCGGAGCAGGUCAUGUUCCUCCGGUACGAGCACGUCAAGGAGGACACGGUGGGGAGCGUGAAGCGGCUCGCCGAGUUCCUCGGCUGCCCGUUCACGGCCGAGGAGGCGGCCGGGGGCGUCCCCGAGGCCGUGGCAGCGCUGUGCGGCAUAGAGCGGAUGAGGAGCGUGGAGGCGAACCGCACCGGCGAGUACGGGGUUCACUGGAAGUUCAGCAACUCGGCGUUCUUCAGGAAUGGGGAGGUUGGGGACUGGAAGCAGCACAUGACGGCCGAGAUGGCGCAGAGAAUCGAUGGCAUCAUGGAUGGGUCCCCAAUUGUGGUGGUUUUUUGCAAUUUACUCAAAAACCCUCAGAAGCACCUUGUGAAGUGA